GCUGCACCGUUCAUUUUGUGUGCUGCUCUAUAAUUCAACCGGUUGGAAACAUCUCCAUGAUCCCGAGUUGGUUGAUUUGACAAGGUAUUUUUUACUGGCGUGGUGACAUGGCAGACUAUUUGUUGCGGUGGUGUUUGGAGCAAUUACAGAGCAAGUUUGGUCUGGAGGCAUCCGAAGAUAUCGUCAAAUACAUUAUAUCCAUUGAAAAAGCUGAGGAGAUUGAGGAGUAUGUGGGCGACCUUCUCCAGGGCACAGAUGGGAAGAAAGGACAGUUCAUUGAGGAGUUGCUCUUCAGGUGGAAAAAGACUCAGAGACAGGCUGGAGACACAGCUGGUCUUUUCCUUCUCAAAGAGUCAAUGUCUACAAGAGACUCCCAAGAUACAACCAAAGAUUCCCAGAAGAAGUCUAAACGUAAGGGUCGGAACAAACAAGAGGUGUUGACCGUGAGCCAAGUGGACCCUGAACCAGAGGCAGUCAAAACUCCCAUGGAUCUGAUGAGGGUUCAAGAAAGCACCAGUACUUCUUCAACAAAAAAGAAAAAUAAGUUCACAAACCUUUAUGCUAAAGAGGGUCAGGACAAGCUGACGGUUGUACUUCCCGGCCGACACAGCUGUGAGUGCCUUGCUCAGAAGCACAGACUCAUCAACAAUUGCAUCAGCUGUGGUCGCAUUGUAUGUGAGCAAGAGGGAUCCGGACCUUGUCUCUUCUGUGGUAGUCUGGUUUGUACCAAAGAGGAACAGGAGAUUCUGCUCAGAGACUCGAACAAAAGCCAGAAACUACGAAAGAAGCUGAUGGGAGAUUGUGGUGAAAGAGAUUACCUGGCGCAUCAAGAAGCCAAGAUGAAGGCUGGCUUAGAGAAGGCUGUCCAGCACAAAGACAAACUGCUGGAAUAUGACCGAACUAGUGUCAAGAGAACUCAGGUACUUGAUGAUGAGUCUGAUUACUUUGCCACUGAAUCAAACCAGUGGUUGUCAACCACUGAGCGUGACAAGCUAAGGAAAAAGGAAGAGGAGCUGCGCGAACUUCGCCAUGCGUCUCGUAAAGAUCGGAAAAUCACCUUGGACUUUGCUGGUAGACAAGUCCUUGAUGAGAGAAACAACUUGAACGAGUACUACAACAGAUUAGAUGAGGCCCUCCAGGCAAUGAACAUUGACUCUGUGGCCAAAUCCCCAUUGUAUAAAAGACAAGGUGGAGAACAGAACCUCAGAGAGCUGGUCAACCCCAAUAUAAAGCAGAGAGCACCAGAAUGGGUAGAUGUUGGCAGCAGAGAAAACGACAAAAGGAACAUGGAAAAAGGACAUAGUUUGGCACAGGGUAAUAGAGGAGGAGAGCGGUCCAGGUUGCGUCUCCAAGACAAAGAGCUGCAGGAGAUGUGUGAUGGUGGUUGGUGUCUGAGCAUGCACCAACCAUGGGCAUCACUCCUGGUCAAAGGCAUCAAAAGAGUUGAGGGCCGAACUUGGUACACAUCCCACCGUGGCCGUCUUUGGAUUGCUGCCGCAGCCAGGAAGCCCACUCCUCAGGAGACUGCUGAGGUGGAGGCCAUGUACCGUUCCAUCUACCAAAAAGAGCUCAGGUUUCCUUCUGAGUAUCCCACUGGCUGCCUGUUGGGUUGUGUCAACAUCACCGAUUGCCUUUCUCAGGACCAGUUUCGAGAGCAGUUCCCUAGUACAUGUGAAGAGUCUGCUUCCCCAUUUGUCUUCAUCUGCACUAACCCCCUGGAGCUGCUGGUGAAAUUCCCAAUGAAAGGGAAGCACAAGAUCUGGAAGUUGGAGAGUCACUACCACCAGGGUGCCAAAAAGGGGCUGGUCGCGUCGGCCGCAGAGUGACGUCUCAAAACGAGUGGAAAGAGGAAGAAGAAACCAACUGAUGGGCCACAAUCCACAAGUCUGUCUCACCACCGGUUGUAUUCAGAGUCUUAGCAGUGUGUUUGAAUGGCGGGUAAAGCUCACAAUCCUUCCGAAUAGCUUUUAUUUUCAAACAUGAAAAUGUGGUGGGCACAUUGCACAUUCUAUUCAAAAUCCAAACAAUAAAAAUGGUUCGUGUGUUACUCCUUUACAGAAAAUGAAGAAAAGGGAAUGCGCAAAAAAUCAUCGGUGUCUGCAUGUUCUUUCCAAAUUUACGAUGUCAACUGAAAAAAAAAUCUUUCAAAUAUAAAUGAAAAGCUGAGAAGUAUUGAAUAUCUGCCAGUGUGAGUGCAGCGUGAGUGCACAGAUCGAAAAGAUUCGACGUAAGCUUUGACAUCAUCGAAACACACUGAUGGGUGUCCUGUGUAUGCUCAAACAACGCAAAGAAACACAGGAAAUUGCUUCUUCGUUUUGUGCUCGUAAACAGUCACAAAACUGCGUUACUGCCUUCAGAAUUGAGCGGUUAAGGCUGCACUGCAGAGCCAGCCUAAAAACUGCUCAGGAAUUGCGGACUGUACUAAACUCAUGCUCAUGGGCACAAAUGGCAAUUCGCUGGUGCCAGAAGGUGGUUGCCAACCCCGCAACACAGAAGUUAAUUCAGUGAUUCACAGGAAAAGCACAACCUUCCAAGCAUUUGUCAGUGUGUAUACAAUACAUGAUUGAGCCGGUGAAAAAUAUAAGCAAGACACUUGUUUUUUUUUUUUUUUAACGUCCCUUAUCUUCACUUUCUGUAAAGGAAGAUUAUUAUUCUGAAUGUAACUGUAUGCUUAAUUGAAUAGCAGAAAUGCUGAACUUUUUUUUCCCCCCGAUACUUUUGUCUCCCUUUAUUAUCCACGAGGGGAUUUAUAAAGUAUCUUUAGCUACGAUGUUUUAAGGAGACUGUAGUAGAGCAACUACUGGUGGCUCGAGAAAUGCGGCGACCCCUCCUUUUCAUAUGCAGCCUGUCAUUACCCUCCAAACACCUAAGGCCACGUUUAGACCGACAAUAGUUUGGGAAGUACAAACACAGCCCACUCAUUUAUUUCAGACAGAGAGACAAUUACUUCGGCACAGUAGGGGUGAUUAUGCGGAGGGCUUUGGCGAGAGAGCCAAGGUCAUCCGAGCACAAUCCAAAUGGCUUACAUUUCUUUCCCACAGUGCAGUAAUGUACGGCAAGCCUUAAUCACGUCCCUUUGUUUGCCCAUUCGAGGUAUAAAAGCUUGCAUUGUGUGAAGGGCAGUUUGGAUCAUUUUGUUGUUCACUUGAGCCACAGUGGAAGCGAUCCUCACAGCCAGGAUCGCUUUCGUUCCGAAGAGAAUAAACCACACUGUGAGAAACA